GCCGAGCGCAGCCGUCGCUGCCAAUCCGCGUCGCGGAAGGAACGAACCUGCGGCCCCUGGAGCGAGUGAGUGAUUGCGGCGCCGCCCGUGGGUCGCAGGCGUGGCUGAUUCGCGGCGUUCACCCGCCUCCUUGCCUUUGGUUUCCCCAAAGAAGGCGGGCGGGCGAGCGGCGUGCAUCCCCGCGGUGCUUCCCUGCAAGCCUUUCCCCAAAUAGGGCCUCUUCGUCCCCCACCGUCCGCGCCCCCGCGUGGGCUGGGCGCGCCAUCCCCACAUCGCAGCCGGUGUAGCCUCUGCAUCUCGGUCCCCCGGUCCCUGCUCUGUCGCCCCUCCGCCUGAGCGGUCGCCGCCCGUUCCGUCGUUCCUCUGCUGCCACCGCUGCCGGCAUCAUGGGCAGUGAGCAGAGCUCCGAGGCCGAGAGCCGACCCAACGAUCUGAACUCCUCAGUGACUCCGUCUCCAGCUAAGCAUAGAGCCAAGAUGGACGAUAUUGUGGUUGUAGCUCAAGGCUCCCAGGCCUCAAGGAACGUCAGCAACGAUCCUGAUGUCAUCAAGUUGCAAGAGAUUCCAACCUUCCAGCCACUUUUGAAAGGGCUGUUGAGUGGCCAGACUUCCCCAACAAACGCCAAACUGGAGAAACUGGACUCGCAGCAAGUGCUACAGCUCUGUCUCCGCUACCAGGACCACCUCCAUCAGUGCGCUGAGGCCGUGGCUUUCGACCAGAACGCUUUGGUGAAACGAAUCAAAGAGAUGGAUCUGUCUGUAGAAACCCUCUUUAGCUUUAUGCAGGAGCGCCAGAAAAGGUACGCCAAAUACGCCGAGCAGAUCCAGAAGGUCAACGAGAUGUCAGCCAUCUUGAGACGCAUCCAGAUGGGCAUCGACCAGACGGUACCGCUGCUGGAGCGCCUCAACAGCCUGCUGCCCGAGGCCGAGCGCCUGGAGCCCUUCAGUGUGAAGCCCGACCGCGAGCUCAGGCUGUAGCCAUGUCCCCGGUACCACCAGGGCCGCGGGGCCUUUGGAACUAGAGACACGGGAAGUGACCUAGGUCAGGGGAGUGUGGUGCUCCCCGAGGGCGUGGGAGGCAGUCCGUUGCCCUGGAGACCUGUGAUGCCCCAGCCCUCCCCUUGAUGCACUCUCCCCUGCAAAGCCAACCAACCUGCCCUCCAUGGUCUCCGAAGUGGGAUUAUUUGAACUCUUAGGAAUUCUAUACAGAACCCUGCCUUGGGAAUUAUUAUUUUUUAAUUUAGUUUGCUUUUUAAAAAAUUGACAGUGUAUAUUAUCUAACCUAGCUUGCAGACUGAAACUAUGAAGAGAAGGGGGAAGAUCUGAGGAAGCCCUGUGUCCCUGAUGUCUCUGUGACAUUUUUCUCCACAGGCUGUCCGGGUUGCAAACAUAAAGAGCUAACUUAAUCCA